GCCCUCUCAUUCAGCUCAGGUGAAGGCGUCCAUGCAGACUUCCAGAAACUGAACGCUGACAUCAACUCACCAUCUGCAUCCUACAUCCUGAAACUAGCCAACCGUCUUUAUGGAGAAAACACUGCCCACUUCCUCCCAGACUUCCUUGAAGCCACACAGAAGUACUACCAGGCAGACCUGAAGACUGUGGACUUCAUCGGAGCUCCAGAGGCGUGCAGAGCAGCGAUCAACAGCUGGGUCGAGCAGCAGACAGAAAAUAAGAUAAAAGACCUUCUGAAGCCAGGAACAGUCGACACAGAUACCAGACUGGCUCUGGUCAAUGCUGUCUACUUCAAGGGCAACUGGAAGAACCCGUUUAAAGAGGCAAACACCAAAGAGAUGCCCUUUAAAAUCAAACAGAAUGAGACCGUACCAGUCCAGAUGAUGUACCAGAGGAAGAAGCUUCCCUACAACUACAUUGCUGACCAUGAUUUGCAGAUCCUGGAGCUGCCCUAUGUGGGUGAGGAGCUCAGCAUGUUCAUUCUGCUGCCUAAGGAGUCCUCAGAUGGCUCAGGCCCUCUGCUGAAGCUGGAGAAGGAGCUAACACAGGAGAGGCUGAAUGAAUGGACCGACAGG